UGGCGUCGUUGCUAGGGAGGCGGUCCCGCCAGCGAGGCCGUGCCGGGGCAGUUGCUAAGGGCCGCAGCGGCGAGGAGGCGCGUUGCUCGCAGGGGGUUUCGCCCGCGCCUUCCCCGCCGAGCCCAGUCUGCUGGCGCUGAGGGCACCGGUUUUUUUCUCGGCAUUUGCACGGCCACGUUACGCUUGUCUCUCCCCUGCUGCCCGUCCUCCAUGAAAAAGGGCCAAACAAACCUUUUGGGACCAAGAUGUCUCAUUUCACAAGUGAAGAAGAAGUUUCAUUGCAGUCUAUGCUCAGACAGUUACUUCAGAGUGUCAAAGAGAAAAUCACAGGAGCGCCAUCAGUGGAGUGUGCAGAAGAGAUUCUGUUGCAUCUGGAGGAAACAGAUGAAAAUUUCCACAAUUAUGAAUUUGUGAAAUAUCUCAGACAAUAUAUAAGUAAAAAUUUAGGCUCUGUAAUAGAAGAAGAAACUGAGAAGCGUACUUCAGCACAAAAUCAGGGUGAAGGAUCUGGCUAUGACACACUUGUACAACAUGUUACUAAAAAGACUCGAGAAUCAAAAGAAUACAGAGAAAUGAUGCAUUCUCUGAAAAAUGUCAUGAUGGUUGUGGUUGAAUCUCUGAUUAAUAAAUUUGAAGAAGAUCAGAUGCGCUACAAGGAGAUGCACAGAAAAGUGAAAACAGAACAACAAAGUAGUUACUAUACAGAUAACUGUUCUGAUAGCGAUUCUUCCUUUAAUCAGAGUUAUACAUUCAUGAAUCAAGAACAAUUGCAACUACUUGUAGAAAGACUUGAUCCUGCACAACCUAAAGAAGUACGCCAGGAAGCCAUGCAUACAUUGUGCUCUGCACCUCCCUCUGAUAUAUUAAACUGUGAGAGCUGGACUAAUUUACGUAAACAUCUUGCAACAGCACUUUCAGACCCUGAUUCAAAUUUUAGUGACAAAGUUUUGAAAUUCUAUGCCAAGACAUUUUCUUCCUCUUCUCUUAAUAUGACAAGGGAACUAUAUACAAGUUUAGCAAAAUACUUAGAGCUAUACUUCCUUUCUGAGAACAAUUAUGUCCCUACUCUAUCAAUGGGUGUUGACAUAAGCAACCCAGAUGUAAUUCGUUUACUAAAAAAGAUACGUCUGCUAAAUGAAUACCAGAGGGAAGUUCCAUCUUUUUGGAUUCGUCAUCCAGAAAAAUACAUGGAAGAAAUAAUGGAGAGUACCCUAUCACUUCUCUCAGUAAAACAUGAUCAUUCUGUUUCUUCAAAACCUUUGGAUCCAGUAUACUUCUUGGCUCUGGUUGAUCUCAAAGCUGUCUGGUUUAAAAAAUGGAUGCAUGCUUAUUACAGCAGAACAGUGGUGUUAAGGCUUCUUGACAAGAAAUAUAAAUCCUUGAUUAUUGCAUCUGUUGAGCAGUGUGCUUCCUACUUGGAAGCUUGUGAAUCUACUGUUGAUGGAACAGGCGUAUUUAAUUAUUUUUCCAUUUCUCAUGAUGGUAAUAAACAGAAGAAUUUCUACACUGGAAAAGAAUUGCAGUAUAUUUAUUUCGUUCAUUCCCUGAGCCUUUUAGGCAGAUUGUUGAUAUAUAAACAAGGCAGAAAACUGUUUCCUAUUCAGCUAAAAAAUAGAAAAGAUUUGAUGUCUCUGACGGACCUUGUCAUAUUAUUUACUCGUCUUAUCUAUUGCUCACCAAAUUGCCCAAAGACCCUUACUGUGCAUUCAGGCAAUUAUUUUCCAGCUGGCCUCAUUACUGAUGUGUUAAGAAUUCUUUGUGAUCGCAAAGAAUGUGCAACUGAAUGUCUGUAUACUAAUACAGUAAUGGAAGCACUUCUUCAACCAAUACAUUAUUUACUGAAUGGAACAGAGGUGCAUCUGAAUUGUUCAGAAACCACUCUGAUACAUAUAGCUGAUAUUUUAGCAAGAAUUGCUGCUGUAGAUGAGGGCCUUUCACUGCUUCUUUAUGGAGGAGAGAAUCCUAGUGUGGAGGUUACUAGCCAUAGGGGUGCCCAUACAAUCGUUCAGUUUACAAAGAAGCUUCUUGAUGAAGACAUUUCUGUUUUGUCUGGUUCUGAGAUGUUGCCAGUCCUCAAAGGCGCUUUCAUCUUUGUAUGCCGCCAGAUGUACAGUACCUGUGAAGGAUUGGAGGUGUUGCAACUUUAUCGUUUGCAUCGAUCUAUUGCUGAGGCUUGGAAAAAGACUAGUUUGAUUUCAGAGAGAAUUCCUACUCCUGUAACUGGGGCAGAUUGUUCUACAUCUGUAAGCCAAUGGUCACAGAACUUCAUUGUAUUGGAAGAGACACUGUUGGAUGAUUUGCUUAAUUUUGCUUCUACACCAAAAGGGCUAUUGCUGCUGCAAAACACAGGAACUGUCAAUGAAUGUGUGACGUACAUGUUUAACAGGUUCACAAAAAAUCUCCAGGUCAGUGGAUGUGAAAAGUUUGGCUAUGGAGUAAUUCUUUCACAAGUGGCUGCAACUGCUCCUGGUGCUCUAGCUCUACAGAGUUCAGGAUUUGUAAAAGCACUUGUUACUGAACUAUGGGGUGUUCUGGAAUGUGGAAGAGAUGACAUCCGAGUCACUCACCCUAGAUCAACACCAGUUGAUCCUAUUGACCGCAGCUGUCAGAAGUCUUUUCUAGCUCUGAUAAAAUUGUUAUCCUAUCCUGCUGUUUAUGAGUUGAUUGGUAAUCAAGAGAUACCAAAUAAGCCAGAAUAUUCUCUACGUGAAGUUCCUACAGAUAUUAUUGAUAUUGUUGACAGACUUAUAAUUGUGAACACAGCAGCUAAAAUUCAUUCAUUAUUCAAUUAUGAACAAUCUCAUAUCUUUGGACUGAGGUUACUGAAUGUGCUGUGCUGUGAUCUAGAUACACAGCUACUUUUCGAAUCUCAGUAUAAGAUAUCGGAAGUUCUCUUAGACGCACAAAAAGAGAAUGCUAUCAAUAUAGCUGAAACAUCUCGAUACUUCAUAAUUGAUGGCUUAUCAGUAGAAAGGAACCAUAUUCUGGUUAGAAUAAAUCAUGUUGGAGGACCAACAGAACGGAUUUUACCUCCCCGAAUACUUCAUAAGGGUGAUGAUCCAUAUCCUUGGCCAAUGUUUUCCUCUUACCCUUUACCAACAUGCUAUUUUGCUGAAUUUCCUAGAAAAACUGAUUCAAGACAAGAUGAUGAUGCUAGCAAGCUUUUAUCUGAUUUAAAGAAUCCAGAUAAACACUUGGGAUGGAUUGAAAAUGUUCAAAGACAGUUUUGUGAAAUCAUGGAAAGCAAACCUAAUGUUGUGAGUGGAACCAAUUUGGCAGAGUUAAUUGAAAAGUUUGUGCUACUUCUUUCUGAAACACCAUCAGAAUGUUAUUUCAGUAGCAGAGAAAAUGAAGAUGAUGCAAAUGUGGUGAUAAAUCUCACACCUAUACAGCAGCUUGGCAUUAAAAUGACAAUCAGUUAUGGUAAACAUUUGAACCUCCUAGGGGAGAAUGCUGAAAAUGAUCUUUGUCAAGUCCUAAUGAGUUGUGAGAAAUAUUUGAAACAACAACAACAUGUGUUCAUACAAACAUCGUUACGUGGUCUGGAAGAAGGAUAUGCAAGCUAUGAUUGGUUUACUUCUUCUAUAUUUCUAAUAAUGAUGGGAGAUAGGGAAAAAACAUCUACAUUUCUCCACCAGUUCUCCCAUCUUCUCGUUUCGGCAUUCCUGUGGAUACCCCGCCUGCAUCGCUCGAACCAUCAUAUUACAUUAGAAGAACCCCCAUUCAUCCACUAUUCAUAUUGGCUUCAGAUCCACCUGCCUCUUGAUACUGCAAUGUCUGGCAUCCACCCAGUCUAUUUUUGCAGUGCACAUUACGUUGAGAUGUUGUUGAAGGCUGAAUUGCCACUUGUGUCUUCUGCUUUCCGUAUGUCUGGUUUUACUUCAUCACAGAUCUGUCAACAGUGGCUAUCCCAGUGCUUCUGGAAUUAUAUGGACUGGCGUGAAAUCUGUCAUUAUAUUGCCAUUUGUAUUUUCCUUGGCCCAGAUUAUCAGAUAUAUAUGUGUCUAUCUGUGUUCAAACAUCUACAGCAAGAAAUUCUUCAGCAUACACAGACUCAGGACCUUCAAGUUUUUCUCAAAGAAGAAGCACUUCACGGAUUUCAAGUGAGUGAUUAUUUCAGAUACAUGAAAAACUUGGCUCUAACCUAUAGACCUGUGCUGCUAAAAGACAUGGGGAACAUUAGAGUGCUGAACACAUAGAUCAACCAAAUGAGCAUCUCAUUUCAAAUGUUAGUUAUGUUCUAAAGGGACAUCUAUUGUUUGUUUUAUAUCUUUCUCCUUAACAAUACAUUUAUUCUAAAUGUACAUGCUGCCGAAACAAUAAUAGAACUGUUCAGCAUAGGAGUUUCACAAGAUGAUAUCCUCUAAAUUGCAUCAUCUGAUAAAUAAUGUGUUUUUCUAUCCCUGUGCCAUAGUCUUGUUUACACUUGGUGUCAGAACUGUCUUUGAAUUACUGAAAUGUUAUGUUUAUAUUUUCUGAAAUGAUUUCCAUAUUUUUAAAGUUUGCUUUCUUCAACCUCUACUUCAAAAAAAUCUAAACUGCAUACAGGUUUGGUAACAAGAAAUAGUAAUUUGAAUACUCAUUGUUAAUAGCGAGGAAGACUGGCAAAACCCCAGUUAUGAGGCAGGAAUGACCUUGGAUUGUCAGGAAACUAAGCAUCUCAGUUUGGAAAUAGUCAAGAGCAUUGAAUAUCUGUUAAAGUAGAAUGGAAGAUUUGCCAUUACCUUCUUUUGUACUCAUUUUUAAAUAAAGUGUAAAAACAUUUUUAAAGAAAAUUCUUACUGUUGUUAAAGUGAAUAAAUUAAAACAUGCAAUA